GCAUGCCGCUUCCUGUCAUCAGAACGAAGAAGGUUACUACCACCUCACUCACACCCUGUAUGAAAAUUUGCUUAAAGGAAGUAACUUUAUCCGCUCGUGAGGAUCAUGUUGCUAUAUGGCACGGUCGAACUCUGUAAUGUUUUCGUAGCAUAUUUGUAAUACAUCGAGUAUGCCAUACUGUUAGAUAUUUCAAACAGUGUGCAACUCUGGUAGCCUGUCAGGCAGAGACCAUGACAGAAGUCAGUCCAACAGCUGCCUCGGUGCAUAGCACUGAAUUUAAGUUGCUCCAGGCAUACUGCACCAGGAGGAGAAGGAAGAGUUCUAAAAGAAGGAGCGCCUUUAACGAGUCGCCGGUCACGCCACUGAGCGUAUCCCCUACUUCUCAAAUACAGACGAGGCAGCUGAACCUUGUAGGAUCGAGUGGUUUCCGACUUGUUGGCCAAGGAGGAGACCCACCGGAUGAGUUGGGCAGUGUUGCUGACAAGCUUACCCAGAUCGUCGACACUGUAGACCUCGUCCCUGAAAUAGAGACUGAUAGUAACGAUGAUAUUAUCCAGAGACUUGUCGAACUCUUGAGGGAAGCUGGGGAUGAAUUGGAUGGAAAGAUUAAAAAGAACCCAGAGCUGGUUGAACAGCUUAAAGGCUCCUUCUCUUACAGUUUAUUUGAGAAGGUAACCAAGAGUUUCCUGGAGUGCGUCGUCCCCUCCUGGACUGGUAGUACACAGGGCACCCAGAAGGCCCAGAUAGCCAUGACCUUUGAGGUGACUAACAGGCUCACAACGUUGGAUGUGCAGCCCAUGAACCGAAUUAUGGGCUUCGGAGCCCAGUUCCUGCAGCAGAACUUCUCCGGCUGGGUGCAGAAGUAUGGAGGCUGGGAGAAAGCCUUUGAUGAGCAGGACAAUGAUGACGAAGUCCAGUGAGGCACACAUAUUUCAAUAUCUCCUUUCUCUCUAAUGUCAGGAAAGCCUUGAUGACUACCUCUGUCCUGAAAGAUUUCAUUUUGAAUGCAACUCGUAAAUUCAUUUGACCAGUAGUUCACACCAGAGAAUGACAAAAUAUUUCUGAUUCAGUACUAUAUUCACAAUACACCCAAGAUCGAAUGUUAGAUCAGACAGCAGCUUUUUGAACGUGCUAACAAUGCAUAAUGUGAUCAUCACACUUUAUCUUAAAAUACAUUCACAUGUACUAUUCAAUUCUACCAACACUCAAAAUGUAGAGUGCAGAUUUUCUCUUUUUUCAAAUUGAUCUUAAUAUAUUUUUCGUUAUAUAUUUUUAUAGUGACCUUUUUGGAAAAUGUGAAUAUGACAGUGUUGGUGAAUGGGAAUUAAAGGAAAAUACAGUUCAAACAUACCAUUGUAGAUUUACAAUAUAUAAUGUUACACAGCAGUGGAUAGUGUUGGAGCAGUUAUUCAGAUGCUGUGUUAACACUUUAUUCACUGUGUAUGUCAUGAGUGUAUUGUAGGUCUGGAUCACAGUGACUUGCAAGAGAAACAUGCAAAGUCACUGUGAUCAACAUUAGAAACAUGAGAACAGGACACGUCAGGACAAGCCAGUCAAUGACUCCACUGUAUGAAUUCCAUUAAAUGAUUGUUCAUUAAGUUUGAUUAUUCUGAUACUGUGUUUACUUAUCAGGAUUUCUGUUUUAUGGCAUCAUUGUUUUUUUGUUGUUGUUGUUUCUGUUUUAUGUUUGUUUGACAGCAAAACAUGAAUAUUUCCUGAAUAUGAGGAGCUCUUGAAGAGGAAAUUGUAUGCUAUAGUAAACAUCCUUAAAUAAAGUGUUGAUUACA